AGAAUCAAACGUUGCGUUGUUACAGCCUCUCUCCUCUGUACACGCAAAUAUUAACAACUACGCCAUCUCCUUGUCGAGUGUAACACAAAGAUCCCCCACCCAUCGUAUUAGCCUGCAGCAGAGCGUUAGGGGCAAGUGCUGUUUAGCGAGUGGCCAACACCACGCCCGGCCGCCUUUGUCUUCCCCGCGGCGAUGUUUACUACACACCGCACCGGCGACUAAUUUUGAGGCUGAGUCGACCUAGGAGGAGGCGCAGGACCGGUUCAGAUAAUCGCCACUGGGUCGCCAGCAGAUGUGCUGUUGCCACCGGGAAGGACGUCAUGUAACAACAACAUGCCCUCUGCUCACUAUGAACCCAGGUUCAUGGGCGUGGCCAAUGGCUCCCUGAAGACGACGGGGGAGGGCCCCUAUUCGGUGUGGGACGACCGGCACGCGCAGCAGCAGCGGAGGCACGUGGAACCCAUGGCAGCCGGGGUCAAGUCGGCGGUGGUGGAGGAGGGCGAGCUGGUGGUGGGCGGUGAGGGCUGCCCCAUGCCGCCCUCGGAGCACGAGCCGGCCCUCGUGAUAUUCGACAAGGACGGCACUCUCAUGUGCUUCCAUUCCAUGUGGGGGCCCUGGUGCGAGGAGAUCGGCCAGAGGGUGCUGGCCGUCACGGGGCGCCCCGAGCUGCUGGGCUGCGUCUACCGGGCGCUGGGCUACGACGGCGAGAGGCGCGUUGUCCGGCUGGGCAGCAUCGCCGAGAAGACGAUGGAGCAGGUGCAGCUGAUGCUGCGCGAGGCACUGCAGCGUGAGCACGGCCUGGAGGACGCGGAAGUCGAGCGGGUGGUGCGAGUUGCCUGGAAGGACGACUGCAGCGGUGGCAGUAUGAGGCCGCUAGGCGACUUGGUGGCAAUCUUCAGGAGGCUCAAGGAGCGGGGCUUCAAGAUCGCCAUCUGCACGUCGGACUCGCGAGCGGGCACCGAGGAGUUCAUCGACGCCCAGGGCCUCACGCCGCUCCUCGACUCGGUGGUGUGCGGCGACGACGCCGGCAUCGUCCCCAAACCCUCGCCAAGCCUCGCCCUCGACAUAUGCCGGCGGCUGGGCGUGGCGCCGUCGCGCACGGCCAUCGUCGGCGACACGCCCACCGACGUGGGCAUGGGCCGGGCGGCCCGCCUCGGCCUCACCGUGGGCGUGCUGUGCGGCGUGGGCAUCGAGAGCGACCUGCUGGCCGCCGACGUCAUCGUGCCCGACGUGGAGACCGCCGCGGAGAUUGCGCUCGCCGCGUUUUCACCGCGUGGGGGCGGCUGCCUGCCGCCUGUCCGGCUCACGCCUUCCGGCGUGGCGAGGCUUUUGUCCGGCACGCACGACAACCUCGGAGGCGGUCGCCCGUCGAGCUAAGCCAGCGUCCGAGUCGUGGUGGCGCGUGCUUGUCCGAUGUGUUUUUUUUUUAAGUUGCGUUUUUGGGUUGUCCGGCGUCACGUCCGACGUUUUUGCUGCUGCUGCUCGACGUCCCUCGGAACGUUUUCUGGAACCGAGUUAAAUCGACGAAAAGAGCGCUCGGCGCAAACGUCGGACGUCGCGCCGAACGACGCGUGGCACGAUACGAAAGCGCGUCGGGGAGAGCUGUUGAAACGCGACCACGAAAAACGACGCCUUUUGCCUUCGUCGGGACGAGAGUUGUCGCUUCACCUUUGGGUGAAAUGGUGACCAGUUAGUCAUUGGGUAAUAUGAAACUGAAGAGCAUUACUUUGUACAGGUUAAUAUUUGUUUGCGAGUUGCCUGUUCUGUAGACUUUUACCUGAUUGUUUAAUUUUGUCGUGUCAGCACAGCCAUGAGUUUAACUUCACCCUUAGACAUUACGGCAGUGCAAGCAUUUUUCUAAAUAAUUUAAGGUGGCCGGAUGUUUUGUUCUUUUUCCACAGCAAUGUCGUUUUGGACAACAGUGUUCGAUAACAACACUUUUUAUGAAUGACGGACGUUCAUGCAAUCCACGCUUCCAUUACAGAAUUAAAUCGCUGGCCUCUAGCCCACCGAUUUCGUAACGUGUAGCAUAUACCAUAUUGAGUGUUACGAAUUACAUUGAAUUACCUUCAAAUAAUUAACGUACAUUGUUCCCAAAGAGCUAUGAAAUAAGCACUUUAACAUAAUUAAAUUAUUGAUUGACGUCCGUAUUGUAAUAAAAACAAUAUAAUGAGAGUAGAAUGUUGAUUACGCACGGUCUGAAUUCUUGGUAGCCUUUUAUUGAUAAAUAACUAAACAAUGGCAUUCAUCUUGAAGAUAACUCCAUUAUCAAACUCCUGAGCGAUCUUCUGUUGGACGUUUUCAUUUAAAGAGUUUACCAGCUUUAUUAAUGUGUUUUUUAUUAACAAGAGACAUACACCACGUCUGUUAUGUGGCUGCACCAACGGCAGUGUUCGUCUUCGUUGUGAGAAGUGGGCCCUUUUUGAAAAUGCAAUCUUACUGUUGCAUUUUUCAAAAAUCUCUCUUCCAAAAAAACAAUCGGUGCCCGUUGCCUCUAACCCCGAGAGGUGGCCAAAAAAAAUCCCUUUACUCCGAAGCACUCGGGCGACAAAAAAAGUUACACAAGGCUAUUAGUUGGCUUUUACUCAAGGUAAACAAAAGGAAUGCAUAUGUACGCAAGGGUUAAGUGAAGCAAGGGCAUUGUUAAGUUUGUGUAGCCAUCUGAGGUGGAUCCCAUUUAUAUAUAUUAAAUAAAUAGAUCUAAAGAGAGGGUUAUCCACUUACUCUAUGACAGCCCCCCUCAUUAUUAACUUGUAGAAGUACACGUUUGGAGGACGCUGCCCCUGGUGCAGCGGGCAGCACGCUGGACUCGCAAUCCAGAGGUUGCCGCUUCAAUCGGGCUGAAUCUCUUCAACCCCCCGCCCCCACCUCUCUCCACCCAGCAGUGUGUAUGGGGUGCACGGAACGCAGGUCGUGUGUGGUGGGGCAACGUGUGGGUCGCUCCCACCUCUUCCAAAAUGUCCCCAGCCGGCGUGAAAGAGUAUGCCAAACGCACUCCGCAAGGGGAUCUCGAGAGUACGGUUGGCUACAUUCGGGGCGAAUGAAGUUCAACAUUCGUACGUACGUACAUACGGAAAUCCUUCCGCCAGCGGUGCUGUGAGAAAGUGAUUGCAGGGCUCCAUGUCUAUGUUUGUAUAAUAAAGUAACUGUAAGGUUGUGAGGUGUUAGUAUGCUGAAACAUACGGCAAGAGGUGAAAGCCUGCGUGCACUUUUCUUGUAAAGUGGCUCUUCUCACGGAGCAUUUUGGCCGCCACUCAAAUGCUUGGCUUGCCAAACAUGAACGAAUGUAAAACGCGUUCCCUGUAUCUCGCGCGUGCCCCCAGUGCGAGGGAGAUGGGUCCCCUUUGUCGUUGGCCUUUUCACCGUCGUUAAGGAAGCACGCGCGCGCGUAUCAUCGACGCGAAGUAGCAUCGCGCGCGUACAGUACUACAGCGGGGGCCUCGCUCGGAUUAGGCACGGUUAGGGCACAGAUUAAACCCCGCUUUGAUGUGCAAGCCGGAGCAUCGUGACCCCCCCCCCACCCCCCUUGACCUCUGGCAACCUUUAUCUUGUCACAGGCAUUCCGCGGAACGCGACUGUUACUAAGAUGCCCAGCGGGGUUGUCCCAUUACACCCACGAAUAUUUUCCGGGGUUGCUGAACCCAGCUGGAGUAGGUGGCGUGUGGCGGCUCGCAAAUGGCCACGGCGAGAGGUUGCGCCAAAUGUGUUUGCCCGUGCGCAGAAAUCUUUAACGGAGCUCUGCCCUGGAAAUGGAUAAAAAUAAUUUAAAAAGGGGUAACGUAAUCGAAAAUCUUGACCUUAAAGCUUCCGUGACUGCAGGAAUGAAUAUUCUUUGGGUCUUUCGGUAAAGUAACGUAGAUAGGUUCAAAUUAAUACAAAUAAAAUAAACAAAAAAACUACGACGUUUCGAUCGCAACACAAAGCGAUCGUCAUCAGGAGGAAGAAAGAGAGACGAUAGCUUGUGUUGUGAUCGAAACGGAGUUUUUUUUUCUAUUAACUUGAACCCAUCUACGCGACUUUACCGAAAGACCCAAAGAACAUAACGUUAUCGUAGUUGGCUUCGAACCGGUCAACAAUUGGGUGUCUGGCAAUUGCCAGGGGUGCGUGAUAGCGUGACCACCGCUGCUGUUUACACGGUUAACUCUGGGGUGGCUGGAGCCAGCUCGUACCUGCCCUCCCAUUGCAGGCUACCGCUUUGUUGGUUGCGAAAGAGUACACAUUUUUUUUGUUUAGGACAUCACGCCACCGCGUAUCACUCGCUCUGUCUCGCCAGUCACCGUGCGAGGUCACGAGCACCGGUGUCGCUGCAAUACCUCGCGGCUUUUAUUUGUUGCACAACCGCCACCGUCACUUUCCAAAUUGCUUACAAAUUCACCCUAAGCCCCCCACGAUAAACCCCAGAAUUUAUCUGAUAUAAAAUAAAACGACAUAUAAUUCCAACAACUAUCUAUCUACCAAUUGAUGUCAGAUGGAAUUUACCCCUUUCCCCCCCCCUCCCCACAUUGAGCAGUAUGGCUUGGUAGAGACUUGUGUGUGUGUGUGGGGCAAGAGACCAGUUCUGAUACUGCUCCCAACUGAACUUUAGCGAUGUCUGGGUAAUUGGACUCAGGCCGCCGGGUUCAUAGUACAAGUGCACCAACCACUGGGCCACCGCUCCACCUGUUUUUAAUGUUUUCCAACUCGAGUUGAAACCGCGAAUGCAUCAGCUCUCUCUCUCUCUCUCUGCACGUCUGUCUCGGUUGUAUCAACUCUGUCUAUCUACAUGUCUGUCUGUGUCGUAUUAAAUCUCAAAUGAUACUUCUCGUAAUGAUAGUUCUCAUUUAAGCGGCAGGUGAUCAACCCUGCGAUGGCUUGGUGCUGUUUCUCAUCGUGUCUCUGCACUCCUAAAGUUUUUACAUUGGUGCCACCGCGUCCCAGUGUUGGAAGUCGCAGAACGCCAAGUGCCGCAUUGUGGGUGUGGGGCGACUGCAGGGAAUUCACAGCGCCACAGCCCGGUGUGACACUUGGUUCUCACGCGGAGAUGGCUUGUUUUUGCUCCGUUGGAGCAUUUCUAAUAAGACUAAUACAAAUGGUGACGAUGCAUUGAUAAUGUGGGGAGAAUGUGUAUGUGAUGGUAGAGGUGAUUGACUAACGUGGAGCGCAUUAAAAUAUUUGUGAGUCGAA